ACUUUGUGUGUAUAUAUAGAUGCGCGCGUACAUACAUAAAUACAUACAUACAUACAUACAUAGAUACUUACACCCAUAUGUCUGUGUCUGUUUUUCAGCCGUACGUUUUGUAGCAGUUAACAGCAAAGUUGGUUCUUGAAUUGCGGUGGAUAGAAAUAGAAUUAAAAGGAUAUUCAGCAAGGCAAGAAUGAAAGAGGUCGUCAACAGCAAAAAACAAGGCGGGGUAUCAUCGGCGCCCUGCGCCGCCUGCAAGCUCCUGCGGCGGAGGUGCUCUCCCGACUGCAUAUUCGCGCCAUAUUUUCCGGCGGAGGAUCCUCUCAAGUUCGCCUGCGUUCACAAGGUGUUCGGGGCUAGCAAUGUCAGCAAAAUGCUCCAGGAAUUGGAUGAGCAGCAGAGAGGGGAUGCGGUGAGCAGCAUGGUGUACGAAGCUAAUGCUAGAAUGCGCGAUCCGGUGUACGGCUGCGUGGGGGCAAUCUCGUAUAUGCAGCAGCAAGUCGACGCGCUGAGGAAGCAGCUGGCCCUGGCUCAGGCGGAGGUGGUGCACCUCCGCCUUCGUCUGCCGGCGCCGGCAUCCAGUCCAAGCAAUAGCAGUGGCUCUCCUUCCUCGUACCACUUCACAAAUUCCAAACCUUCAUUUGACAGCUUGGAUAUGGAUAUGGUGGUGGAGCAAGCCAGCUUCACUGCGUCCAUGUGGUCUUAUGCUUGAAAAUUGUAUUUACACAUACAUAUAUACUUACAUAUAUAUAUAUAUAUAGGUGCUUUCAUUACAUCCUCCUAUCUGUCCUAGAGCUGUAAUGCUAUGGAAUGAUAAUUCCAUGAAUGCACAGGCCUCUUGAGUCUUGAUGAUGGCCGUGUAAAUUUUAUCAGGUUGAAUUAUAUAUAAUGAGAUCUUUUGGGUGA